AUGUCUACUACCCCCCAACCAGACCUGAGCGAGCAGGCUGUUGCCGCCGCCAAUGACUUCUUCUACCAACUCUACCAAUUCUUUGAGCUGAUCGUCACCCGAUUCUGCAAGAAUGGCUACGCGUCUAUCGCCCAGAUGAGCGGCAAGCGCUGGACAAAGGUCAUCGGCAGUGUUGUCUUCUACCUGAUUAUCCGGCCGUACAUUGAGAAGUUGUUCAAAUGGAUGCACGAGCGCGACCGUCGCAAGGAGAAGGAGAAGCGCGAGAAGGAGAAGGCGAAUUUCGGAAAGGUCAAGAUGACCGCGAACUCGCUGCGUGGUGGUGGCGAUACCAAGGGCAAGGUCCUCGGUGAAGUCGAUCACACCGAUGACGAGCUCGAGGAUGAGGAGGAUAUCAUGCCUACAGCAAGCGGUGUUCCUGAGUGGAGCAAGAUGGCCCGCAAGCGUCAGAAGAACUAUAUCAAGAGUGUGAAGAAGGAUCAGCGGGCUGAGGAUUUGAGCCGUGAUCAGAUUAUGGAGUUGUUGGAUUGGAGUGAUGAGGAGGAAGUGGAUGAGAAGACCAAGAAGGAUCUUUGA